AUUCUUCACAUCCCUUGUUUUUAAGUUUUCUUUCAUGGUAUCAGAGCAGGUUAACAUCUGCAUCUGAAUACUUUAAUCCUUCGUCCCUUUCAUUUGAAUCUUUGCUUGAAUUACUCAAUCAAAACAAUCCUCAAAUCAGAAAAAUGACAACGACUAGGACUAGGCUUACCAUUCAAAGCUUUCACCAAAUGGCAAGUUUGGUUUCGGUCAAGCUUUCAAAUACCAACUUCUUGCUCUGGAAAUCUCAGGUCUUCCCUCUAAUUCGAAGUGCUCAACUUCUCCAUCAUCUUGAAAAGGAAGCCCCUGCCAUGAAUCUCACAGAGGAUGGGAACAAAGAAUCCAAUCCAGACUAUGAAAUCUGGUUGAACAAUGAUGGAUUGCUUAUGAGCUGGUUACUCGGAACCAUGAAUGAAGAAGCACUGAGUCUAGUUGUGGGCUGUGAUACAGCAAACCAAAUCUGGAGAUGCCUCGAGGAACAUUACCUUGUCUCCUCUAAGGAACAGGAACUCUAUCUCAAAGGGCAAUUGGUGACCAAACGAGAAGAUAAUGAGUCUCUUGAAGACUUCAUAAGAAAGUUCAAGGGAGUUUGUGAUAGGCUUGCUGCAAUCCGCAAACCCCUUGAUGAUUUGGAUAAAGUAUUUCACUUAUCCAGGGUAGUAGGAACACGGUUUCAAUCCUACAAUCUAGCAGUACUAUCAAAGGCACCAUACCCUACUUUUAAUCAGUAUAUAGCAGGUUUACAAAAUAAUGAUCGAGACUUGCAGGUAGCUGAGCAAGAAAGUAAGGAUAAAACUCUAGCAGAUGCUCAAGUAUUUGUGGCACAGAGGGGAAGAGGCCAACGUGGCAGAGGAUAUGGUGGCAGGAACUUCAAUUCACAAGGUAGAGGUUUUGUUCAGGCUGGCAACUACGAUUACAACUGGUCCAGUAACAACAAAGGGACCAUAACCAACAAUAAUUCAACAUCACAAGUCAUGGCCCAAAAAGAUCGAUUUGACCAUGCCUAUCAAAGUGAAGAACUUCCCCAAGCACUAACAGCACUCACCUUGAUGAAAGAUAAAGAUCCAAAUUACUAUAUUGACACUGGUGCCUCUGAUCAUAUGACUUCAGAUUCAGGUAAAUUCUAUUUUAAAAGACCAUAUUACGGUAAUCAAAAGGUUCUCACAGGUGAUGGUACUCCAUUGAAUAUUUCUCAUGUUGGCUCUACAUCUGUUGGUGCAUUAAAUCUUAAUAAUGUUCUUGUUGUUCCUGAACUCAAGAAAAAUCUCAUUUCAGUUAGUAAAUUUACUGAUGAAAAUCCAUGCAUUUUUGAAUUCUCAUCUGAUGGCUUUGUGAUUAAGGACCAAGUAACACAGGUUGUGCUGGCCAAAGGAACUCGAAAAGGACAACUCUAUGCACUGGAGGAAGGAGAAAAACAUGCCCUGGCAGCUAUCUCAAAUAAGGCUACAGACUCUAUUUGGCAUCAAAGACUUGGGCAUCCAAACUCCAACGUGCGUAAGGCUUUAGCUUCUAAAAAGAAUAUUGUGGUAUCAAAAUGGACUCAACCCCCUAACUUGUGCUCUAGUUGUCAAAUGGGGAAGAGUUGCAGACUUCCUUUCACUAAGAAUAACGAAAAAGCUGAAAGUUUGUUUCAAAAGAUACAUUGUGAUUUAUGGGGACCCUCUCCUGUUCAAUCUACUAAUCAUUUUGCUUACUAUGUCAUUUUUGUUGAUGAUUAUAGUAGAUUCACUUGGUUUUACCCUCUUCAUAGGAAAUCUGACUUUUUUGAUGUUUUCCAGAAGUUUCAAAGGAUGGUAGCAAAUCAAUUCAAUAAAAGUAUCAAAAUUUUCCAAUGCGAUGGUGGUGGAGAAUUUUCCAGCAAGAUAUUCAUAAAUCAUUUAGCAACUUGUGGCAUUAAACAGCAGGUAUCAUGUCCUGGCACCCCUGAACAAAAUGGUGUUGCAGAAAGGAAGCAUAGACAUAUAGUUGAGACAGGAUUAACCAUGUUACUCCAUGCCAACAUGCCACCAUGUUAUUGGGUUGACAGCUUUUCUACAGCAAUCUUUCUUAUAAAUCGAAUGCCUACACCCACCUUGCAAAACAAAACACCCUACUUUCUGUUAUAUGGUAAAAUACAUGACUAUUCCAUGAUUAAAGUUUUUGGAUGUAGGUGUUUUCCAUAUCUUAGAGAUCAUGCUGCUCAUAAGCUCCAACCAAGGUCCUUACCAUGUGUGUUUCUUGGAUAUAGUUCCAUUCACAAGGGAUACAAGUGCUUGCACCCACCUACAAAGCGUAUCUAUAUUUCUAGGCACGUUGUGUUUGAUGAACAUUUUCUUCCAUAUAAUGAUUUAACAAACGUUUCAAGUGUUUUUAGUACAGGUGGUGAACUCUGCAAAUACCCAAACCAUGAUGAAUGGAUACAGAGUUUCUCUCAUCUACAACCCUCAAAACUAGAAGAGCAUGUGUCUAUGCCCUCUCAGCAUCAACACAUCAUAAACAUUGACAUUGAUGGUCCUGAGGACGAACCAACCAAUGUUAAUGCCAAUGCAACAAAUAUUUUGAACGAGGUGUUCGUAGAAGAGCAAAUCAAGAGAGAUAAUACUCAAUCUGAUAUAGUGCAUAAGACUCUCACCAACAACAAUGCUCAGACUAUUGAUACCCCAACUCUUAGUUCUCAAGAAGAGGCAGAACCUCACCAAACCAAUGAGGUGUUCAACUCGGAACAAUCAUUUUCCACUUCUCAACAACCUCAUGAAGGUGAAUUAAGACAAGAUGGCAUGGCUUCUAGCUCAAGCUGUGAAGGGAUCCCACCUCCGCCACACAGUGCUACAUCAACUUCCACUCAUCCUAUGAUAACAAGAUCUCGAGCAGGGAAGCAUACUGGUCAUAUCAAAACUGAUUUUUCAAAACAUGCUUACACCAUGACCACCGAUAUUUCUUCUUUGUCUAAUGCAGAUUUAGACGCUAAAGAACCAAAAACUGUGAGACAAGCAUUACAACUUCCACAGUGGGUCAAGGCAAUGCAAGAAGAGCUUGAGGCACUUCAUAAGAAUAACACUUGGACACUAGUUCCUCCACCUUCAUCCAAGGAAAACAUUGUGGGCUCAAAAUGGAUUUUUAAGACAAAACUCAAGCCAAAUGGGACUGUGGACAGAUUUAAGGCACGGUUAGUUGCAAAAGGGUUCUCACAAAUACCUGGUGUAAAUUUUGAUGAAACAUCCAGCCCUGUUCUUAAAUCAACCACCCUGCGUCUAGUUAUUGCCAUUGCUACAACUUUAUCAUGGCCUUUACGCCAACUCGAUGUAAAGAAUGCCUUCCUUCAUGGCAAGCUCAAGGAAGUAGUCUACAGGACACAACCACCUGGAUUCAAGGACCCAAGUCACCCCGAGUAUGUUUGCAAGCUUAACAAGUCAAUCUAUGGUCUCAAACAAGCACCUCGGGCCUGGUUUGAUACAUUCACCUUUUACUUACUGACAAUGGGGUUCUGUUGUAGUAGAGCAAAUUCCUCCCUAUUUGUACUCCAUAAGGAUCAUCACACUGCUUUACUACUUCUCUAUGUGGAUGAUAUUGUGCUUACCGCGAGCUCUACAACACUACUACAACACAUUGUUGAGAAUCUUAGUGAGAAGUUUGCCCUUAAGGAUCUUGGCUCCCUUAGUUACUUCUUAGGGAUAGAAGUUGAAAAGUUCUCUGGUGGCAUAUUUUUAUCCCAAAGUAAGUAUGCAAAUGAUGUCCUUACACGAGCCUCCAUGCUUGAGGCUUCUACAAUCGCUACACCAAUGGCUGUCAAGGAGACUACGACCUUACGAGAUGAAGAACCGGUUGAUCCACAAGAGUACAGAAGGAUUGUGGGUGCACUUCAGUACCUAACUAUUACAAGAGUAGAUAUUGCCCAUGCUGUUAAUAAAGUAUGUCAGUUUAUGCAACAACCGAUGAUUGCCAAUUUCCGCCAAGUCAAAAGGAUUCUAAGAUAUGUCAAAGAGAGCCUUCAUCAUGGACUUCGAUUCUACUCUACCAGCACGUUCUCCCUAACAGGGUUCUGUGAUGUAGAUUGGGCAGGCUGUCCACUUACAAGGAGAAGCACAACAGGUUACUGCAUUUUCCUCGGAGCUAAUUGUAUCUCAUGGUCUUCAAAGAAACAACCCACCAUUGCUCGUUCCUCUGCAGAAGCAGAAUACAGAGCUUUGGCAUCAACCACAGCAGAGAUUGUAUGGAUUACUUACCUUUUCCGUGAUAUUGGCAUUUCCCUUCCACAUCCUCCUCAACUUUUUUCUGAUAAUCUCAGUGCUCUUCACAUGUCCAUUAACCCUGUGUUUCAUGCUCAGACCAAGCAUAUUGAGUUGGAUUAUCAUUUUGUUCGAGAAAAAGUGGCACUUGGUACACUCAUAACCAGGUACAUACCAAGCAUUGAUCAGAUUGCUGACAUCCUCACAAAGCCCCUACCUCGAACUCAAUAUUAGCUUUUACGAUUCAAACUUAGAUUGGUUCCCCAAUCCAGUUUGAGGGGAGUGUGAAGAAGGAAGCUAAGCUUGAGGAAUCAAAACCAGAAUCUGAGGAAUUAAAACUUGAAUCAGAUA